AUGCUUCCCAAGGAGGAUCCUCGCAUCCGUAUCAAGAGGCUGUCCUUUGUGGUCUACAAUCAUGCCGAUGCCGACAAGGCACGCCAGUUCUACCUCGAUUUUGGUAUGGCUAUAGUGCAUCAAGGAGGCGGCUCAACAUUCUUUGGUGGCUACGGGCCCGACCCUUUUGUUUAUUGGCUAAGGAAGGCCGAGCCUGGCGAUCCUUCUUCCUUCGGCGGCGCGGCUUACGAAGUUGAAGAGCGAGCUGAAUUGGACAAGGCUGCCAAAAUUUCGGGCGCAUCAGAGAUCCAACCGCUUGACGCCCCUGGUGGUGGCCAAAUCGUCACGAUCAGGGACCCUCUUGGCUUUGUUGUCCACUUCGUCUAUGGUCAGCAGAAACGAUCGGCCGGCGAGAUCGACACCUUGCCUUCUGAUGACAGCGAUCCGGUAUUGGGCCAGGUACUCAAAGAUAUCAAGAGUCGCGAUCACGUUUACAACUACGAAGAGCCGGAUCAGAAGCCACGCAAGGGCAAGUUUCUUCGUUUCAAGCCUGGUCCAGCGCCCGUUCACAAGUUUGGCCACUACGGCUGCACCUAUCCAGCCGGUCGACAUGACGAGGUGUACGACUUCUACACGCGUCACUUUGCCCUGGCCCCUUCAGACCAAUUGGAACGCGAUGGUAAGACCAUCGUGACCUUUUUCCACAUCGACCGGGGUCAGGAUUUUACCGAUCACCACUGCUUCUUCAUCAAGCCGGCCAAACCGAAUCAAAGCUGCUCGGUAGCACACUCUGCUUUCGAAGUGCACGACUUUGACACGCAACAGUUGGGUCACCAGCACCUCACCGCCAAGGGUUACAACAACUGUUGGGGCGUGGGUCGACACAUUCUAGGCAGUCAGAUCUUUGAUUACUGGUUCGAUACCAGCGAGUUUAUUGUAGAGCACUAUUGCGACGGCGAUCUGGUCAACAUUGAGACCGAAGUUUCCCAUGGCCCGGCCGGACCGGAUUCCUUGAAGAUCUGGGGCCCGCCCGUACCAAACGUGUUCUGA